ACCAUACUACUUUUACUCUUUCUAACAUGUAAAAAUAGCAAGACUAAAACUCAGAACGCAGCCCAUAUUAUGCAUUUUCUGAAGGCUUAUAAUGAUAUGUAAUCUGAGACCCACCAAAACAUUACUGAAGACUGAAGAUUUUCAUGUAAGAGAGAGGAGAAGAACCUGUUUAGGACAACGUCGAUUUUUCUUUGGAGACAUGAGGGUGUGCAUCAUUGGAGCGGGGGUCAUCGGCCUCUCCACCGCUCAGAGCAUCUACCAGCACUUCCACAGCAGGAUCAGCCCCCUCACCAUAGAGGUGUAUGCUGAUGUCUUCACUCCACUCACCACCAGCGACGGGGCAGCUGGACUCUGGCAGCCCUAUCUCUACGACAAGGGCAACGUGCAAGAAACUAAAUGGAACAAAGAGACAUUUGACUAUCUUCUAAGUCGCCUCAGCUCUCCAGAUUCAGUGAAAAUGGGAAUCUUCCUCCAGUCGAGCUACAAUCUGUGCACUGAAACCCAGCCGGACCCUUCAUUUAAAGACAUUGUGUUGGGUUUUCGCCAGCUGACUAAACGUGAACUAGACAUGUUCCCGGGAUACAGUUUUGGGUGGUUCAACACCGCUCUCAUGAUUGAAGGGAAGACAUACCUGCCCUGGCUUAUGGACUGGUUAGGAGAAAGAAAGGUCCAGUUUUAUCAGAGGAAGAUUGGUUCAUUUAACGAGUUGGCAGAUAGUGGUGCUGAUGUUAUCAUCAACUGCUCCGGUGUCCGAUCAGGAGACCUCCAGCCUGAUCCUGAGCUCCAGCCAGCCAGAGGACAGAUCAUUAAGGUAGAUGCUCCCUGGUUAAAGCACUUUAUCCUCACCCAUGAUCCCUCUAAAGGACUGUAUAACUCACCGAGCGUCACUCCUGGGAGUCGUUUAGUCACUGUGGCUGGAGUUUACCAAGAAGGAAACUGGAAUCUGCAGAACAGUUCUGUUGACCAUAAAGAGAUCUGGGAAGCGGCCUGCAAGCUUGAGCCCAGUCUAAAGCAUGCACGGAUAGUAGAGGACUGGACUGGUCUCAGACCCACUCGCAGCAAAGUUAGACUGGAGAGAGAGACCAUACGAUCUGGACCGACCUCGUUUGAGGUCAUUCAUAACUAUGGUCAUGGUGGUUUUGGAAUGACCAUCCAUCGUGGAUGUGCUGAGGAAGCUGCUCGUCUCUUUGGACAGAUCCUGGAGCAGAAAGGAUUGCUAGCAUUCUCUAAAUCACAUCUCUCAUAGAUCUGUGAUUCUGGAUUAGGUUAUCUAUAUAAUAUAGCAUUGAGGGGAUGAGCUUAAUAAACAAAGUUUGUUGCUAAAUGUUUGGUUUUGAUGCAAACCAACUUUUUAAUAAAAGCGUUUGGAGCCUGAUGUGCUAGAAAAUAGACAAUAAUAAAAUAAAUGUGACCUACACACCUGCUCUGAUGAAAGCCACUUGCUGUUGUUUUAUUGUCAUUGUAAGACCCUUUGAUAUGUCUGAUUAUAAGGAAUCAACUGGAGUUUAAUUAUUUUAUAUAACAAACAGAUAGGAUGAUUUAAUCUGGUAGCUCUGACAUGUGCCUAAAAUGUAUUUAUCAAAUAAAAUGUAAUUAAGGUCAUUAAUAAAAGGUA